AAACCAGGAAGUUAACAAACAUGUCGACUAGCUCGGCGUACGUUGUGAUUCUGUUGUACACAUGGAAUGUAUACUCAUUCACACGAGGGAUACCAACACUAGACAGUCUCAGUUCAGGGAACACCGUAGUUACAGAGAGUGGAUUAUCUGUCAAAGGAACGACUACACAGUGUUACAGUCCAGUGCCGUCGUUUACCUGGGAGUUAGUGGCUACAGAUGGUCGUUUCUCCUCGGUCUCGCUGACUGGAGACACAGCUACAGCUACAGUGGGUGGAUCCUGCAGUGGUGGAAGUAGUCUGUACAUAGGAUCUGUGUCAGUGAGUUACAGUGUCAAUCCAGUUGUGUAUGGACAGACUGUGUACUUACGUCUUACCAUCAACAAUACACCAAGUAUCUCCACUACAUCAACAGGGACACUCUCUGUUCCAGUUUCCUACAAUUUGACUGGAUCAUCAGAGAUGGCGUCACUAGGACAACAGUUUACAUGGACCUGUCAGAUGACUCUUCCUCCUUCCCAAACACAAGUGUACAUCAGGUUCUACAGAAACGAAACCAGUGCUGCUACUGUUGGAUAUAACACCCAAUGUCAAGGAUUUGGUGUGAAUUCUAGAUACAACUAUAGUUGUACUACACCGAGAGAGUUCAAUCUCAUCAUACCGGCACAGAGUGUGACACAACAAGAACAAUAUACUGUAUGGAGAUGUGCUUAUUACAGCGGAUUUCUAUCCUACAGUAGCGUUCAGAAACAACUCGUCAUCGCAAUUGAUGUAAGCAGCGUGUCCCUGGAUCCAAGUGAUGACCCACUGACAAUGACAGCAGGAGAACAGCGGACUGUUAGAUGUGUUGUCAAUGACGAUGCCUCUCCAGUACCAGUCUACCAAUGGUUAAUAGGUACAACAGUUGUAGGAGACAGGUCUUCCCUCACCAUAACGGGAAGGAAAUCAGACAAUGGAAUGUUACUGCGAUGUCAAGCAACCAACAACAAUAAACCAAGGAAUGCCUCCAUCACCCUCAACAUUCAAUAUAAACCUGAAGUGACCACCAGCACGUCAAGUCCAUACCGGGUUGUAGAGGGUCAGUCAGCUACCAUGACAUGUAGUGUGAAUGCUGCCAACCCUAACACAGACAUCACAUGGAGCUGGAUCAAGACAGACAGUCCUAGGAGUGUCCUCCAUACAGGGUCUACAUACACCAUCUCCAACAUACAGAGGGGAGCAUCCGGGACAUACAGCUGUACAGCUACGAAUUCUAUAGGGAUAUCUACACUAGUAACAGUACAAAUAGAUGUACAAUAUAAGCCUGAAGUGACCACGAACACGUCAAGUCCAUACCGGGUUGUAGAGGGUCAGUCAGCUACCAUGACAUGUAGUGUGAGUGCUGCCAACCCCAACACAGGGAUCACAUGGAGCUGGAUCAAGACAGACAGUCCUAGUAAUGUCCUCCAUACAAGGUCUACCUACACCAUCUCCAACAUGGAGAGGGAAGCAUCCGGGACAUACAGCUGUACAGCUAGGAACUCUAUAGGGAUAUCUACACCAGUUAAAGUACAAGUAGACGUACAGUAUAAACCUGACGUAACCAUCACAGCAAGUCCAUACCGAGUUGUAGAGGGUCAGUCAGCUACCAUGACAUGCAGUGUCAGUGCUGCCAACCCCAACACAGGCAUCACAUGGAGCUGGAUCAAGACAGACAGUCCUAGUAAUGUCCUCCAUACAGGGUCUACCUACACCAUCUCCAACAUAGAGAGGGGAGCAUCCGGGACCUACAGAUGUACAGCUACGAACUCUAUAGGGGCAUCUACACCAGUUACAGUAGAAGUAGAUAUACAAUAUAGCAAUGUCAUAACAUCAAACCUAAGUGAAAGAUAUGUCAGCAGUGAACAUGGACGACUUCAGAUAAAAUGUGAUGUGGAUGGAAAUCCAUUAUCUACUAUCACGUGGCUGUUUAUACAAAACAACACUGUUAUAAAGAGAGACUCUAAUGUAAACAGUAGCACACUGGAUAUAUCAUCAGCAAAUUGCUUAGAUUACGGGAGUUACAAGGUUACAGCUGAAAAUGGAAAGUGGCCAGCUGCUGUCAGAACAAUUCAUGUGGCUGUUAAGUGUAAACCCCGACUCUAUAACAUUGAUUUCCAAUCUCCGGUUAGACUAGUAAUGAGAAACAGCGACUCUCUCCACAUAUUAGUAAGAACUUUAUUGUACCCACCAGCGACUCUGACGCAGUGGAUUUUCAUAGGAAACAACAAUACGAAUAAAGUCAUUCAGAAUAAUACAGAUGGUUACAGGCUAACAGACACCAAAGGAGAAGUUGAACAAAACAUCACUCUCUACAAAAGUAGGAUCAGUACAGAAGACUUUGGAGAUUACAUCAUAAUGGUUCAGAAUGAUAUUGGUACCUUCCAUAGGAUCUAUCACGUGGAUACAGCACGAAUACAGGAGAGUGUUGAGAAUCAGACCGGGGUUGCUGUAGGCAGUGCUGUAGGGAUCGUGACUUUCAUCAUCAUUACGCUGGUCCUCGUGAUCUUACUCCGAAGGCGCUACACGUUUACCUGUAUAAUAAAGAUUGAGAGGAAGAACAUAGACAAACACUUAAAAAUGAGAGAUGCAACUAAAGAAGAAUGUAGUAUGUCAAUGGGGGAUCAAACUGUACAGAUAGAAAGAGGCCUUUAUGAAGAAGUGACAGAGAGAGAAAAUGUUAACCAGUACGAGGGUCUCAACAGAAAAGAACAAUCAGAAAGCGAAGAAAGAAAAACGUAUGAGAGCAUACAAGGAUCCAGUGUUGAAAAUAAAUAUGAGAAACUUUCAACUGUUAUUGAUAAACAAGACGAUGAUGGCAAAGAUCCGACUUCCACACACAACCGUCCGAUGUCAACACCUGCUGAUGUGUACAUCAAUACCUCAUUUCAGAAGUAGUGAUAUCAGGGAAGGUGCUCUGGUGUUGUACUUACCAAAUACACAAUCUGUUCAAUCUUGAAUGAACAGAAAAGUUUAACAUACAAUCAAUGUAUAUACAAAGAUUUUCAUAUGUCUGACAAACUAAUGUUAGCCUAUUAUAUACCGGUAUGUACAUAAAAUGACAUUUACGAUUUAUAUAGAGAUAAUAUACUGCGUUCAUUUGAAUCAUAUUCUUCUAAAAUCACGUAUACAAGCUACAUGUUUAUAUACAGCAGGUUGUUGCUGGUAUCUUGUUUUGGAAAUAUGAAUAUAAAAAAACUUACAUGCAUACAAAAUAGACACUCCUAUACUAACACAGAAAUUUAACUACAAUUGAACAAAUAUAUCUUUUGAUUUUGCUGUACCAUGUUGUAAGCGCCCAUACUGUAUUUUCGUUCCUUCUUCCCAUGGUCAAUGGAGUUUUAACGUUAUCACAUCUGUAUAUGAAAAUGUUUUCACGCAUUACUUUAUAAUGACAUUAAGUUUUAACGUUCGGUGUCUUAUGACGACGAAAUUUGUUUUUUCCCGUAUUGCUUUACUAUGACAUCACAAGCUUCUGAAGAUUUGAAAUGAAAGCUUUCAGCAGCAGUCCAUGUAAAAAAUCAUGCAGAAGGUGACAUACUGAUAAUCUUGGAUUUUAAUGAAACUUUCCAUAACUCUUCAUAAUAAUGAUAUAUGAAGACAUGCAGAGUAAAAGCACUGUGCGACAAUGGUUGUUAUGGAAAAUGAAACGUUUGUGUUUCCAUAGCAACAACUGUAUAGGGUUUUGUAAAGUGCAGAAAGACAUACUUCUUAAAAUUUGUCUAAAAAUGAAAAUACCAUUUUUUCAAACAUAAUGAUAAUUUAUUUAGGCGAGGUAAAGGUUACCUCAAUACAUAAAUGUACAAUACUAAUGAAAAACUGUUAUAUGGUAUCUGUAAAUGACUUUGGGACAGGCAUUAUUUUAAUAUUUAUCAAUUUUCUGUUAAUUCGACAAUUUUAAGGUAUUUUAGAUACAUAUUACUUUAGUUAUUCGAAAAGUGCCAAAUUUUGAUACAUAUUUUCUAAACAAUCAAUACCAAGUGUAAUCAAAAUCGAAAGAGUCGGAAACGCACAUAGUAACGUCUGUUAAGCAACUCUUUCAGGCCCAUUUUCAACACAAUAAAACAAGGAUAUGUGCCAUAUAAGCACUAAAGGGAUUAUAUUCAAUGAAAAUAAAUACAAAUCACUAGGCUUCACAUUAGUUUACUGAUAUUUCAGACCUAUUGAACACAUACGACUUCAAUCAUGUCACCAUUGCAACUGAUUCUCCUUACCAACGCACAUGAAAUUUCAAGUUGUAUGAUUAUAUUGCGCCGGAAUGAGAACCUAAUGCAAAUAUACCAAUAUAUGAUUUUCCAAUGAGGAGAUGAGGUUUAACAAAUAUCACCAUAACAACCAAUUUUCCCUAGCAACAAGCAUGACAUUUCGAACUUUACAAUUCAGUUGCUUUCAAAUGAGAAUAUAAUAGAAAUAUAUCAACAAGCAAUUUUUUACUGACAUGUUGGACCCAUGGAAGACGAAAUAUUUACACAUAUCACCAUAGCAACCACUUUCCCUAGCAACACUUAAUUUUUUAUUAGUACAAUACCAUUGCACUGAAAUAAGAAUAUAAUUGAAAUAUAUCACCAUAUGAAUCAUGAUUCUUUACUGACAUGCCAGACCCAUUGAAGAGAUUGAGUUUAAAUAUAUCACCAUAUAAUUUUCUCUCUCUCUCUCUCUCUCUCUCUCUCUCUCUCUCUCUCUCUCUCUAUAUAUAUAUAUAUAUAUAUAUAUAUAUGUGUAUUACAUCUUUGAAAUUAUUUUACAUUCACGCUUGAGGCUGUCUUUAGGUACAAUUUUGCUGCAAGUAAAUGUUCCGUGUACUCCUCGAACUGGGAAAUCUUGUCAUUAUCUGGAUUAAAAGUAUACAUGCUUCUCAGAAUUCAUAUGAGGGUUUCAAACAAUGCAGUUCCAUCUGCAGCCAGAUUGUGAAUUCUUUUUAAGCUUCUGAUACAGAAGAAGUAGUUAAAAUUCUAAACAGCAUCGCCCUAGAAAGAGGAUGAAAUAAGCUUUUUCGCAACAGGACUGGUAAAUGUAUAUUUGUACAAUGGUUGAAUGAUAGGCAGUCCUGAUUACUUGUGGAAGUGUUGUGUACUGUGAAGGCGCAUUUCUUUUAUACUCAAUGAUGUUACCUGAAAAUAGUUUUGUGAUUUGUGGUCAAAUUUCUGGAUGAUGGAUCAAAGACAUUGCUUUUAUUUUAUUAAUAUUUUUUUUUUGCACAAUGUCAAAAAUGCCUAUUCAUUGAAACAGAUAUUUUCCAUAAAUGUAUGUCAGUUGCUAUUAAAAAAUAUUUUACUUUGA